GUGCGCGUUGACAGCAGCGGCGGCAGCAGCGGCGGCGGGACGCGGCGGGUGGCGGGGCUCGGCGCCUCCGGUUCCUGCCCCGGCUUCAGAGGCAUCGGCGGCGGCGGCGGCCCGGGAUGGCCUUCAUGGAGAAGCCGCCGGCCGGCAAGGUGCUGCUGGACGACACGGUGCCGCUGACAGUGGCCGUCGAGGCGAGCCAGAGUCUGCAGUCGCACACGGAAUAUAUCAUCCGGGUACAAAGAGGAAUUUCUGCAGAAAACAGCUGGCAGAUCGUGAGAAGGUACAGUGACUUCGAUCUACUUAACAACAGCUUGCAGAUUACAGGCCUAAGUCUGCCUCUUCCUCCCAAGAAACUGAUUGGAAACAUGGACCGUGAAUUCAUAGCUGAGAGGCAGAGAGGCCUGCAGAACUACCUUAAUGUUAUCAUGGCAAAUCAUGUCUUGUCCAAUUGUGAGCUGCUUAAGAAGUUCCUAGACCCAAACAACUAUUCUGCAAACUAUACUGAGAUCGCCUUACAGCAGGUGUCCAUGUUCUUCCGAUCAGAACCAAAAUGGGAGGUGGUAGAGCCACUGAAAGACAUAGGUUGGAGGAUAAGGAAGAAAUAUUUCUUGAUGAAAAUUAAAAACCAACCAAAGGAGCGGCUGGUGCUGAGCUGGGCUGAUCUUGGCCCAGACAAGUAUUUGUCAGAUAAAGAUUUCCAGUGUCUAAUCAAACUUCUGCCUUCCUGUGUGCACCCUUACAUAUAUCGGGUCACCUUUGCCACGGCCAGUGAAUCCUCAGCAUUGCUGAUUAGAACCUUCAAUGAAAAGGGAACUUUGAAGGAUCUGAUCUAUAAGGCAAAACCAAAGGACCCCUUCCUAAAGAAAUACUGCAACCCUAAGAAAACCCAGGGUCUUGAACUCCAGCAAAUAAAAACAUAUGGACGGCAGAUAUUAGAGGUCCUGAAGUUUCUUCACGACAAGGGGUUCCCUUACGGCCAUCUCCACGCAGCCAAUGUGAUGCUGGACGGUAACACUUGCCGGCUGCUGGACCUGGAAAACUCACUGCUGGGCCUUCCUUCCUUCUACCGAUCCUACUUCACACAGUUCAGGAAAAUCAAUACACUGGAAAGUGUAGAUGUCCACUGCUUUGGCCACUUGCUCUAUGAAAUGACUUAUGGACGGCCUCCAGACUCCGUGCCUGUGGACUCCUUCCCUCCUGCAUCAUCCCUGGCUGUGGUGGCCGUGUUGGAGUCUACGCUGUCUUGUGAAGCCUGUAAAAAUGGCAUGCCUACCGUCUCCCGGCUCUUACAGAUGCCAUUAUUCAGUGAUGUUUUACUAACAAUUUCUGAAAAGCCACAGUUUAAGAUUCCCACAAAAUUAAAAGAGGCGUUGAGAAUUGCCAAGGAAUGUAUAGAGAAGAGACUCACCGAGGAGCAGAAGCAGAUUCACCAGCAUCGAAGACUAACGAGAGCUCAGUCACACCAUGGAUCUGAGGAAGAAAGGAAAAGGAGAAAGAUCUUAGCUCGAAAGAAGUCAAAACGAUCUGCUGUUGAAAACAGUGAAGAGCAGCCGGUGAAGCACAACAGCUCCAACAACUCAGCAGGAUCCGGGGCCAGCUCGCCUCUCACAUCCCCGUCCUCUCCAACUCCACCCUCCACAGCAGAGCAUGCACCACUUUGAACGUGAAUUUUCGGUAAAGUAAACUAUGCUGAUGUAUCCCGCUUUAAAGAUGCUGUGUUUCUGUGAGAUUGUGUGUUUCUGUGAAAUUGUGUGUUUCUGUGUGUGAGAUUGGAUCCAGUGCAUUUGUGUCACUGGUGAACAGAGCUGGGAGAACAGAGACCACUCCCUUGUUGGGGCAUUUCAGUGAAACACAGCAUCUUUAAAAGGCUCCCAAGUCACUUCAUCUGUAGUCAUUUCACUUCCUUCAUGACCUUCUAAAAUCUUCAUCUUUCACUCUAGUUUCAGUUUGGAAGUAUAAGCCCUAAUUGCAUCAAUGGCAUCUGAGUGCAAUUUUGGAAAGUGGUACUCUCGAAGUCCUGCUGCAGAAACAUUGGUUCCCUGUCACAGGGUAUUAGGCCGUUGAGUGUUAGCAUAACUUCCUAGCUUUUGUUAAGUAAUGAUAAAACAUAGUUCAUUAUGACUCAUGCUUGGGGAUUAAGAUGUCAGUCUCCUCAUCUGCCUAAGGCCAAGGCAAAGGUGGCCCAAAACACUGAGGACUGCUGUGUCUUCUGGGUCUGGUGUAGUAGUCAGCUGACCUACCCAUCCUACAGAAACCUGGAGAAGCUACUAGACUUGGCUUAGAACUAGGUUACUCCAAAUGUCUUUUGCACAGAGGUGUUACAGUUGUGCCUGGCACAGCAACCCUCCGAAGCUCUAAACCACAUAGUUUUUCUUUGUGAACAGUGCCUGGCCGUUGGCUGACUGCCACAUUCUUAGUGGAUCUGGUGGAGGGGCUUCUGGGAAAGUUAGAUCAGCGAGUAUUGGACAUGAGCUAGGGAGCUCAGGACCAGCGUGGUUGUCCCUGGAGGGGUAUUUCUAGGAGCAUGCCUCAGCCUGGUUGUGACCCUGUAUGCCAGGAGUCAAGCAUGGAGUUCGUCUGCUCUUCUCUUGUCCGUGCCCUGGGAUAAGUGGAGGAUAGGUACAGAGAGUGCAUGCACCCGACACUCGGUUAAGGGCAUGCUUAAACGACAGCUUAAAGGACAGCUUGUUCUGUCCCUUACCCUUUUCCUUUCCUGACAUUGCUUCUAAUGGUCUAUCCUAUACUCACCUAUACUUCUCAAAAGAAGCUAACAGACUCCUAAAAUGGCCAAAGACCAUGACUAGAUGGAGCUUAUGCUCAGAGAUGAGCUCCCAGUGUGUCCCUGCCUCUUCCAGUUCUGCCCUUCUGUUUCUUAGGGACCUCCCCUCAACUUCCAGUAUCUGGUUCUACCCUUCCUUGUCUUAAUGUAUAUACCAAGGUCUGCUGUAAUUCUGCCAGGCCUAAUAAGGAAAAAUGGGCUUCAUGGGAUAACAGGCCCUUUGGGAUUGGUUGGCCAGCUCCCCAUGAGCAGGAUUCAGGGUAUUUACUCUCCUCCACUGGAGGAGAGCUCCACUUCUCACACAGUCCCCUCCCCUGUUUGCUAUACUGGCACAGGGUAGCCCACAGUCCCCUCUCCUGUUUGCUAUACUGGCACAGGGUAGCCCACAGUCCCCUCUCCUGUUUGCUAUACAGGCACAGGCUAGCCCAGCUCCCUGUGAGCAGAUAUCAGGAUGCUCAUUCUUCCGUUCGUUAUAAAGACAUAGUUCUUCAGAUGGUAUGUGGACAUCAGUAUCAAUAUACAUAUUGAUACCCGAGGAGUUUAAGUGACAGUUUCAGCCUUAGAAAACCUAGAAAAUGAAACUCCAUUUACUGAAACCACCCCUAACUCCCAAACUCUAAUAGUGCAUGUACGGUUGUGAGGCCAGGGUCAAGGGGUGGUUCUCUAUGAAGCCAAGCUGUGGUACAGCAAGACUACCACUCUCACCCAUGAAUUCAAGACCCUGAGCCUGUCUCUUGCCUUCCUGCACCCUAGAAUGAAGAGUAACUGGGAUCGGGAUGGUCAGUUUCAGGCAUGCAGUAGGCCCCAGUGCUGCUGCAGUCAGUCCACUCCUGUCUUCUUGAGCCUUAGCCCUGCAGUGGCUCUUCAGCCAGGGGUCUGCCCACAAAGCUGGGGGAACCUACAGCUCCUAGUCCACACUGACCCUGACCGUCUUAAUACACUCUCCUACCCUUUCCUGGACAUCAGGAUAGAGCCUGGUGUGUUAGCAGCCAUCCAUCUCCUCAGGCAGCCUUGGGACUGCAUGCGGUCAGUCAGGAAACUCAGUUCCAAGAGCUUCAAGAGACCUCCUCCACCCCAGCAUUCUACUGGCUUUACCCAAAUGCCUUAAGAAUGUCUUUGCCCUCAUUCUAUCAGGGCUUCUGAGGUUAACUUCCUCUAUAACCCUGACAGCUAGGAAUGUCUUCCACAAUCCACCCUAGCAUAAAAGCUGAGUGUCAUUCAUUGUUAAGUUAAACCAAUGUAAAUCACAUUUUGUUUUUCAUUUGUCUGUACUUAAUCUUUAUUUGUAUUGCUUUAUUAGCAUUGUUUGAGAAUUCCAUGAUUGCAGAGUGUGAGAAUGUGUAUUUGUGUAAUUCUUUAAUUUCAGCUGCCUCAGGUUGAGGUAAAGAUAUAAGGAAGGUAAGUGGUUUUUGUGAAUCAAAAGAUUUUAGCCAUUGCUUGUCACACUUCCUGACGAGGAGGCACUUACAAGCGUAUUCUAUUGGUGACCUUAAACCAUUCAUUCUUCAUCCACAUUUAGUGGACAGUGAGUUUUGCCCGUUAUUCCUGCAACUCAUAGCAGCAUGGGAACCACCCAUCAGACGAGCUCCUGGAAUGGCCGGGAGGGGUAGAGAACAGUCAACACCGGAUACGUAGGGUCAUAGAGAACCACAGUGUUCCUAACUGCCACACACAGUCUAGUGCAGCAGUGAUGGUUCUCGAUACUACUUUGAAGUGGACAGUUUACUAAGUUAAAAAAAAUAAAGCAAAUAAAGUCAAAUUGCUUAAUAAAGGGAAUUGUUAAAGGCGUCAGCAAAUAAAGUUGCAGACUCCUAACCCUUGACAACAAUUAAAAGUUUA